AUAUUGCAGGAUCACACAGUGUGAGAUUCACAUCCCAGCGCUGCACUGUCGUGUCCCUGCAAUACUACAGUGUUAGACAGAUCAUGAAGUUAAAACUACCCAAUCCAGGGCUGGAGGACAGGAUAUUGUCCCAUCAGCAGCUGGACAAGCUGGAAGAUGAAGAGGCUGGAGACAGACCAAAAUGGAACAACAAGGCCCAAUACAUGCUGACCUGUGUAGGGUUUUGUGUGGGACUUGGAAACGUCUGGAGGUUCCCGUAUCUGUGUCAGAGUCAUGGAGGAGGUGCCUUUAUGAUACCAUUUCUGAUCCUGCUGGUUCUUGAAGGAAUCCCAUUGCUGCAUCUUGAGUUUGCCAUUGGUCAGCGUUUAAGAAGAGGGAGUUUGGGAGUGUGGGCUACGAUCCAUCCUUACUUAACAGGCAUUGGAAUUGCAUCCAUGUGUGUAUCUCUGACGAUCAGUCUCUACUACAACACCAUCAUUGCCUGGAUCAUGUGGUACUUCUUCAACUCAUUUCAAGAGCCUCUGCCUUGGAGUCAGUGUCCCAUAAAUGUCAAUUUAACAGGUCUUGUCCCAGAGUGUGAGAGGAGCUCCUCUGUAGAUUAUUUCUGGUACAGGGAGACUCUGAACACAACACCAGCGUUGGAAGAGUCCGGCGGUCUGCAGUGGUGGAUGCUAUUAUGCCAUAUUUGCGCAUGGUCUGUGCUCUAUAUCUGCAUCAUUCGUGGUAUUGAGACUACUGGGAAGGCUGUGUAUGUGACUUCAACCCUUCCUUAUGUGGUGCUGACAAUAUUUCUGAUCAGAGGAUUGACCCUGAAGGGUUCUUUGAAUGGAGUAAAGUUUCUCUUCACACCAGACUUAACAGAGCUGGCGAAGCCAGCGACAUGGCUUGAUGCGGGUGCUCAGGUUUUCUAUUCCUUCUCUCUGGCUUUCGGUGGUCUCAUUUCCUUCUCCAGCUAUAACUCCGUGCACAACAACUGUGAGCAGGAUGCAGUGAUCAUCUCUAUCAUCAAUGGAAUCACCUCAGUGUAUGCUGCAACUGUCAUUUAUACCAUUAUUGGCUUCAGAGCAACAGAGAGAUUUGACAGCUGCCUGUCUGGAAAUAUCAUAGCAUUGCUCAAUGUGUUUGAGCUUGCUGAGGGCGACAUCACUGACAGCAACUACAAUCAGGUUGUUCAACGUCUUAAUGAAACAUACCCUGAUGUUAUUCAAGGGCUGGACCUAAAGACCUGCGACUUAAAUACUUUUCUCAGUGAGGGAAUUGAAGGAACUGGUUUAGCCUUCAUUGUGUUCACUGAGGCUAUCACCAAGAUGCCCAUCUCACCGGUGUGGGCCGUCCUUUUCUUCAUAAUGCUCUUCUGUCUCGGCCUGUCAUCUAUGUUUGGUAACAUCGAGGGAGUUCUGGUACCACUGCAAGACCUCAAAGUUUUCCCUAAGACAUGGCCCAAAGAGGCUGUAACUGGUGUAACAUGCUUGCUCUGCUGUCUAGUGGGGCUAAUAUUUCUCCAAGGCUCUGGAAACUACUGGCUUUCACUCUUUGACACUUAUGGAGGAUCCAUCCCUCUGCUAGUUGUUGCCUUCUGCGAGAUGAUCUCAGUGGUGUACAUUUAUGGGAUAGACAGGUUCAAUGAUGAUAUAAAGUUCAUGAUUGGACACAAGCCAAACUUCUUCUGGCAGGCAUCAUGGAGAGUCAUCAGCCCACUCAUUAUGUUAUUCAUCUUGGUGUUUUACUUCAUCACUAAAGUUUCUGAAAAGCUCCUUUACAAAGCCUGGGAUCCUGAAUCGGAGAAAUUCCCUACACUGGAGGAAAAGCCAUAUCCUGUCUGGAUCUAUGUGAUCAUCUUUGUACUGGCAGGACUACCCAGUAUCGCUGUACCUUUAGUUGCUGUCUGGAAAUGUUUAAAGACAAAGAAGAAGGAUAGGUCUGACAAAAUUCAAACGAACAAGACCAUAAAAUCUCCAACCUAAUCUU